AUGAUGGAGGGUAUAGAAGUCGACACCGAUCUCUCCACGCACUCGCUCCUCCUCGCUGCGGCCAACCACGACGUCGCCGCGCUGCGCGAUCUGCUGCGCAACACGUCCGCCAACGUGCAGGACGAGGACACGGGCUACACGCCUCUGCACGCCGCCGUCGCCGCCUUCGAGCCCGAGCCUGAAGAGGAAAAACCGCAGGACGGCGACCAGCAGCAGACCAACGGUCAUGCGGCAGAGGCGAAGCCGCAGCCCAGCGAGGAAGACCUCGAGAAGGCAACCAAGGCAAUCAAGCUGCUCAUGGCCAACGGCGCCAUCUGGAACGACUUGGACAAUAAUGGAGAGACGCCCGGCUGCAUCGCGGCGCGCCUGGGCCUGAAGGACAUUUAUGGGCUGUUCGUCGACGCCGGCGUGCGCGCGGAGCUGCUGCUGAGCCGGCUGGACGAGUAUCAGAUCCUCGGCGACAACGGAGAGUCGGACGGCGAGGAGGACGAGGACGAAGGCGACGGUGAGGAGAUACAGGUGGUGGAGGGCGAGGAGAUGGAGGGAUACGAGGUCGUUCAGGAAGAGAGCAGCAAAGGCGAGGAUCUGAGCGCAUCGGGAGUGGUGGUCGAAGCUGAUGAGGGCAAGAAGGAGGAGGGUGGCCCGGCGAAUCCGGACGUCAAGAGCGCCGAGUACCUGGCGUCGCAGCUCACUUUUGAGGGAGACCGGUUGCUCGACGCGGACAAAAACGGCGUGAUGAUGGCGUGGGAGACCUCCAUCAUGCAGCGCAGCGCGGAUCUGCUGCUGCCGAAGGAAGGCCUGCGCGUGCUCAAUGUCGGCCACGGUAUGGGCAUUAUCGACAGGAUCAUCCAGGAAAAGAAGCCGGCGGAGCACCAUAUCAUCGAGGCACACCCUGCCGUCGUGAAGCGUAUGAAGGAGGAGGGUUGGACGGAGAAGAAGGGCGUCUCCGUGCACGAGGGAAAGUGGCAGGACGUCGUCGAGGAUCUCGUUGCCCAGAACAUCACUUUCGACGCCAUUUACUUCGACACCUUUGCGGAGGACUACAAGGCGCUCCGCGAAUUCUUCAGCGAGUAUGUCAUCGGACUUCUCGACUCAGAAGGCAGGUUCGGCUUCUUCAACGGUCUUGGUGCGGACAGGAAGAUCUGCUACGACGUCUACACGAAGGUUGUUGAGAUGGACCUUUUCGAAGCCGGCUUCGACACGGAGUGGGAGGAGAUUCCCAUUCCCGACCUCGACGCGAACGGCGAGUGGGAGGGCGUCAGGCGGAAGUACUGGGUGCUCGACACCUACAGACUUCCCACCUGCAAGUUCAUCGGUUGA